AGGUACGGUUCCGCGCCUGCGCGGGCGACGGUCUGUUGGUUGCUGCUCUCUGCUUCUGGGUGGUUGGGGCUUUACCCUGCUGAGCUACGCGAUGCGGAGGCUGCAGGUGGUGCUGGGUCACCUGAACCGCCAGUCCGCUUCGGGCCCGGAGCCGGCGCCGCGGGCCGCGCCGUGUUGGAGCGGCGCUCCGCGGAAGUCGGCGGAGGAUGUAGUGGUGGUGCACGGGCGGCGCACGGCCAUUGGCCGAUCGGGCCGCGGCGGCUUCAAGGACACCACCCCCGACGAGCUUCUCUCCGCCGUCAUGACCGCGGUUCUCCAGGACGUCAAGCUGAGCCCGGCCCAGCUGGGAGAUAUCUGCGUGGGAAAUGUGCUUCAGCCUGGGGCCGGAGCAUUAAUGGCCCGAAUUGCCCAGUUUCUGAGUGACAUCCCAGAGACCGUGCCUUUGUCAACUGUCAAUAGACAGUGUUCGUCAGGGCUCCAGGCGGUGGCCAGCAUAGCUGGUGGCAUCAGAAAUGGGUCUUAUGACAUUGGCAUGGCUUGUGGGGUGGAGUCCAUGUCCCUGGCUGACAGACAGAACCCUGGAAAUGUUACCUCUCGCUUGGUGGAGAAGGAGAAGGCCAGAGAUUGCCUGAUUCCUAUGGGGAUAACCUCAGAGAACGUAGCCGAGCGGUUUGGCAUUUCGAGGGAGAAGCAGGAUACCUUUGCACUGGCUUCCCAGCAAAAGGCAGCCAGAGCCCAGAGCAAGGGCUGUUUCCAAGCUGAGAUUGUGCCUGUGACCACCACGGUCCGUGAUGACAAGGGCACUGAGAGAAGUGUCACCGUGGCCCACGAUGAGGGCAUCCGCCCCGACACCACCCUGGAGGGCCUGGCCAAACUGAAGCCUGCCUUCAAGAAGGGGGGCUCUACCACAGCUGGAAACUCUAGCCAGGUGAGUGACGGGGCAGCUGCCAUCCUGCUGGCCAGGAGGUCCAAGGCAGAAGAGUUGGGCCUUCCCAUCCUUGGGGUCCUGAGGUCCUACGCAGUGGUUGGGGUCCCGCCUGACAUCAUGGGCGUUGGACCUGCCUAUGCCAUCCCUGUAGCUUUGCAAAAAGCAGGGUUGACGGUGGAGGACGUGGACAUAUUUGAGAUCAAUGAGGCCUUCGCAAGUCAGGCCGUCUACUGUGUGGAGAAGCUGCAACUGCCCCCUGAGAAGGUGAACCCUCUGGGGGGUGCGGUGGCCUUGGGCCACCCGCUGGGCUGCACUGGGGCACGACAGGUCAUCACACUGCUCAACGAGUUGAAGCGCCGUGGGAGGCGGGCGUAUGGGGUGGUGUCCAUGUGCAUCGGGACUGGCAUGGGAGCUGCCGCCGUCUUCGAAUACCCUGGAAACUGAGAGAGGCCCAGCCCAGUGCUCUGGCAGUAGCGCUACAGACGUGACACCUGGGGAGUUCCAGCACCGGUGGUAGUGGCAAAUCAAGGCACUUCAGCUAAUUAAUUUGGCAAAUGUGAACACUGAUGAGACAGUACAGGAGUGGGUGAGGUAUCGGGCUGCCCUCUGUCGGGCCCCUCUAGCUGAGACAGACAGGCAAAGGUGGCCUGGGUCACCCAGCCUGCAAGGCCACUGUGUGAUUCCUGGGGAAAGGGGCCUGUGGAUGCGGAGUGCAGUAAACGUCGUAAAUGCAUUA